AUGGUUAACGUUCUCAUUGCAAUUACUUCAUACAACGAAGCUUUCUACCCUGAUGGCGCAAAGACCGGUCUUUUCUUAACCGAGGCAUUGCACCCAUUCGAAGCGUUCAGAGCUGUUGGUUACGAAGUCGUAUUUGCCUCCGAAACAGGUGAGUGGGGAUUUGAUGAGCAUUCACUCGUUGAACCAUUCUUAACUGGAGACGACUGGACGGUUUACAAUGAUAAACACUCUGAAUUUAUGCAAAGCUUAAAGAAUGUGAAGAAGGCUUCAGAUUUAGAUUCUAAGGAAUUUGAUAUCUUCUUUGCUGCUGGUGGUCACGGCACAGUAUUCGAUUACCCAAAAGCUAAGAACUUACAAAGUCUUGCUGCAGAUAUUUAUGCUAAUGGUGGGCUUGUCUCUGCCGUAUGUCACGGUCCAGCUAUCUUCGAUGGGUUACUCGAUAAGUCCACCGGUAAGCCAUUGAUCCAAGGUAAGAGGGUUACAGGAUUCACAGAUGAAGGUGAGACCGCGUUAGGUCUCGACUCCGUCAUGGCUGCAAAAGGUGUUAAAACUAUAAAGGCUGUUGCAGAUGAAUCUGGUGCCACCUACGUUGCCCCAGCUGGUCCAUGGGAUGAUUUUACCGUUAACGAUCAAAGAGUGAUUACCGGUGUCAACCCACAAUCCGCUGCAUCUGUUGGAACAUUAGUUAUUAAGACCUUUGCCAACAACUUGUAA